AUGAACUGGCAAAAGACAGGUGUAGCCUCUUUGUUGAAGCCAGCCCCUGUAACUCAACACUUGCCUUCAUUUGAUGCUGAAGGAAAGCCCUGUUUCAAACCCUAUCGUGGAUCUGGUAAAUUAGAGGGCAAAUAUGCUUUGAUUACUGGUGCUGACAGUGGUAUCGGAAGAUCAAUUGCUACUCUUUAUGCUCUCGAAGGUGUCGCUGGUAUCACGAUUGUCUAUCGAGAUGAAAGAGAAGAUGAUGAUGCCCUUUAUACAAAGAAUACGAUUGAAGGCCAAACGAACUGUAAGAUUCACUUGAUUGCUCGUGACAUUGGCUAUGAAAAGAACUGUCAAGAGAUCCUUGAUUCUCACUUGAAAACUUUUGGUCGUAUUGAUAUUCUUGUCAAUAAUGCUGCUGAACAACACAAGGUCACACGUGUUGAAGAUCUCAAUUGUGAUGUUGUCGAGAGAACUUUCCGCACGAAUGUCUUUGGUCCUAUAUUUAUGACCAAACUUGUCUGUAACCAUCUGAAGGCAGGUGGUGUUAUUGUCAACACUGCCUCUAUUGCUGCUUAUCGUGGUAUGGACGUCUUGGUUGAUUAUUCAGCUACAAAAGGAGCCAUCGUCUCGUUCACUCGUGCCCUCUCUCAACAGUUGGCACCUCGUCGUAUCCGAGUCAAUGCGGUUGCUCCUGGACCUGUUUGGACACCACUGAUUCCAAACACGUUCAGUCAAGAAGAAAUUCAAAACUUUGGUUCUUUCCCUCCUUUCAAGCGACCUGCUCAACCUUGUGAAGUAGCUGCCGCAUUUGUCUUUUUAGCCUCCGAUGACUCUUCCUUUAUCACUGGUCAAGUUGUCCAUCCUAAUGGUGGUACUGUCAUCAACACUUAA